AAAAAAACGCAUUUGGAACUCUUCGCCCUUAAUACGGAAAAGAGCAAAGGAGCUCCGAAUCCGAUUAUUAAAGGCUUAAUUUGUAUUUUUCUUUUCAGAUAAUCACUGUUGAAAACAUUUGCAUUUGCUAAAUUUCCAGAUACUUUAUUUCUCAAUCGAUAUAAAUAACUCCCGAGAUCGCCUAGUCAAUAAACAAUAUUAUAAAUUACAGAAUCCUUAAGGCUAAACUUAGAAAAUCAAACGGAAUAAGACAUUUUCUAUCAAAACAAAUGAUUUCAUUAGCUAUUCUUUACUUGUAGUUGGAAAAAAAAAAAAAAAAAAAAAAAAUGACGCGAUACCUUAUAUUACUUCGAAUCAUUCCUAGAACAACCUAACUAAAACAUAGAAAGGUGUAAACAUGUCAGAAAGUAAACAGAACGAAGACCAAAAGUCAUCAAAGGCGGAAUCUGAAGUGGAUGAAGAGCUAGAUGAUUUGCUAGAAAGUGCCUUAAAAGACUUUGAUAAACCUCAAGGUGCAGAAAGUUCACCACAGAAACAUGCUAAACAGGCGCCCCCUAGUGGUGACAAGGAGGACCCUAUGUCAGACAUGUUUGCUGAGGAGUUUUCCGAUGAAAUGGCCAAACAGUUUCAAGAGAGAAUGAAAAACCUAAUGGGAGAGGAUCCAAAACUUGUGGAGAAGAUCGAAAAAUUGACAGAGGCAGCUGGAGCAUCCGAAUCACAAAGUUCUCAGGAGGAAUUUGCCAAAACUCUUGCCAGCACGAUAGAAAGUAUGACAGAAAAUCUAGAUGGAUUGAAGGAUGACAUGAGUGAUGAAGAUUUAAUGAAAGCCUUCACUAGUAUGGGGAUGGAAGAGGAGGGGGAGGGGUUCAUGCCCAUGAUGCAGGGAAUGAUGAAGACACUGCUGUCCAAGGAAGUUUUAUAUCCUUCUCUAAAAGAGCUCUCACAAAAGUAUCCAAAGUGGAUAGAUGAAAACAAGGAGAAAGUGAAGACCGAGCAGAUGGAUAAAUACAGGGAACAUGAUAGGAUAGUCCGGGAAAUCUGUGAAGAGUUCGAGAAGGAACAGGCGUCGGAUACAGAAGACGUCAAAAAGCUGCGAUUUGAAAGGAUUGUCGACCUAAUGCAACAGAUGCAAAAUAUGGGACAACCUCCGAAAGAGAUUGUUGGGGACAUGGCACCAGGUCUAGAAUUCGAUGAGAAUGGAAUGCCGAAGAUGCCGAAUGGCUGCCCAAUGAUGUAACUGUGAUACUGACAUUUUUUUAAUGUUUAACCAGAAAAUGUGAUUCAUAGUAAUUAGAAAUUUGACUAUUGCGAGUCUAUUGUAUGUUCUGUGUGAUAUUCUGAGAUCCUGGAUGUGUUGGGGUAACUUAAGUAGCAAGAGUGCAAUAUCAGUCCGAGUGACAUGAGUGAGGAUAAAGGGAGUUCGAGAGAGAGAGAGAGGGUGUAUACGCGACGUUUUUUGUUUUGGUUACUUCCCUUGGUUUUGUUUUCUUGUUUAGUUUUCUUAGUUUUGAUAACUAACUCCAAAUCAUUUUCAUUAAGUGUUUGCCCAAUCUUAUUUUAUGAUGAUUGCCACAUGUAGCCCGCAAAUACACAUGAUAUAUACAUCGUAUUAAGAAUUAUUUUUUUCAUUCUAUCAUCGAAUAAAAUAUAAAAAUAUCA